UCCAGAGAAGGCUCUGAAGGACUCUCUGCAGCCGUACGAGGCGGCCUACCUUUCCAAGUCCCUCUCUCGCCUCUUUGAUCCCAUCAACCUGGUGUUCCCUAUGGGCGGCCGCAACCCGCCCUCCAACGACGAGCUGGAGAGCAUCAUCAAGACCAUCAGCAGUGAGCUGAAUGUAGCAUCAGUGGAUCCAAACCUCUCUCUGGCUGUGUCAAAAAAUGCUGCCAAGACUGUCCAGCUCUUCUGUGUCAAGUCUGAGCAGCUGCUGUGCACUCAGGGUGAUGCCAGUCAGGUGAUUGGUCCGUUAACAGAGGGCCAGCGGAGGAAUGUUGCUGUGGUCAACUCCCUGUACCGUCUGCAGCAGGCUGUCACCAAG